AUGCAGCAGACGCCGGCUGUCCAGGCGCCGGCAGUUCAGCAGCAGAACACAUUUGGCGGUAUGCCGGGCUACAGCAUGGGCGGCUUUGGGGGACAGUCGUACAUGCAGCAGCCAGCCUUCCAGCAUGCGCCCGUGUCGCAAGUCGCGCAAGGGAAGCAGCCGGCGCAAGAGGCAGUGCCAGCUUUCGACGAAGCAGCAUUUGAGCAAGCAUUCCUGCAGGCGGAACAAGAAGCACAGCAAGACAUGCUCGACACGGCAGCUGAGCAGAGUCAAUCACACGCAGCCCAGGCCAAUGCAGAGGUCAUGGACUACGAUCGGCCUGGUGAGAUGGAUCCUCUCCUUAUGCGGAUACUGGGAAACACGGGCCAGCCAAGUAUGGUGAGCGAAACCGGCCUCGGCCGCACCGAAGAAGCCGUGUCCUACCUCGACAACAUGGCCCGCUUAGAACGCACCGGCAAACUCGUCGAAGACGCCAACGAAGCAAAGUGGGUGGUCGACUCGCUGCAACGCAUCGCCAACCGCGACGCCCCGCAAGAAGUCAAGACGCGCGCUGAGAGCCUCAUCAAAGCCAUCAACGAACGCCUCAUGUCGCAAUACCCCCUCGGCGCCAAGGUCCCCAUGAGCGAAGAGCAAAUCUGGCGCGACCUCGAAGCAGCAGGCUACAUGCGCACUCCCGAGCACGAGCGCAUGGCACCACAGCCAGAGCAAAAACAAGAGCAACCACCUCUCAACGACGAAGACGAAAUGGCCGCAACAGCAGGCCGCCUCCUCGAACGCGUCGCCGACAACACCAGCGAGAAAUUCCAAAACUCCCAGUUCCUUCAGCUCAUGCGCCGCCUGCGAGAUCACGAAGUUCGCGUCGAGGAAGACAAGAUUGUCGAAAUAAAUGCGCAGGAAAACGCUGCUUCGACCCAACAGCAACCAACACAACACACCGACCUACCCUCAUCAUCACAAAUCCCCCCAAUCGACCCCGCGAUCCUCUCCCACGCCGCAACAGACUUCUCUCUCCCAGACUACCCAGACCAGGACCAAGACCAACAGUACGCAGCUAGCCCCAUCACCGGCGAGCCCAUUGUAAUAAGCUGA